UGCCAAUUUUUUUCUUACCAAUGACCCCAUCCAACCCAAUUUAAAAUGACAGUCCGUAGCAAGACCCCUUCAGUGAUGGGAAGCAAGUUUGUCCUCUUGAAAUGCCUAUCGAAACCAAGAAAGCUAUAACAAGUCAACAGAUAGAUUAUAGGACACUUGUAUUAACCGCGGCUUAUGGAAGUUUUGCUCCAUUGCCAACUAGUUCUUCCCCAAACACGUACCUUUACGAGUUCGUCUCCCCUUCCCCCGAAGUAAAACAAGUUCACCCCCUCUUAACUGACUUACGACUCCUGUACGAGUCAUGCAAAGCCGCAAAAUUACUCCAUCUUGAGCAAACUGAUUUGACACUAUUUCAUGUUCGCUGCAAGUCCACAGGACUACUUUUCAGAAACUAAGGGAAUGACCGACUUACGGAUUUCGUACAAUAAUAUUCGCUUGUCGCUGGGCUGUUACAAAGUGACUUGAGUGCUUUCGUUUUCAAGUGUUUGACCAAGGAAAAAAUUGCAUUUUGACCAAAGCAUUCGAACCAUGUUUCAGGAGCGAAUUCGACGAAAUUAUAAGGAGGCUGGGUUACCGUAAAGACGACCGAGCGUCAUUCCUUCGAAAUUAAUCGGGCGUUUCGAUACUAGUCGUUUUGAUUCAUGAAUAAAGUCAAGUCGACACUCUACAGUCAGUUUAUCGAUAUCCUGGGACACUUUAUUUAAUGGAGCAAAAGCAUCACUGACUGUGGCUAGAAAACUAAUGAAAAGUGAUCUGGACAGCAGACUGGGGCAACGAACGUAACCAUUUAUGAAGAGUAGUAACAAGAAGAAGAGAAACGAAAAGUCCGAGAAGUUACCGCCAGGAAUGUCAUGGAUAGCUUUAAAAGGUUACGUUUAGGGAAUUUAAAGAGCAAUAAAUGAGAAGAAUCGAGUAAGUUACUUAGCUUUGAAAAAGGUACUCCUAAGAGAAAGUAAUCAAACAACCUUAAUUUCUCUUGGUACUCCGUAGCUGAUGUGCUUAACGAUACGAGAUGGACGAUUGUUUGGUUACAUGUUACAAGCUAAAUUAUUUCAUCCUUUAAGAAUUUCAAACAAGCGUACACUUUUUUUUCUGCAACGUCUCGCCGCAACGCCACGGUGAUCUUUUUUCUCGAAUGAAUAGACUUUUAUUCGUUCUUCCUGUAAGACCCUGUCACUUACUUUGGGAGUGAAGGCCUGGUAAUAUAACAUGACUCCUGGUGAGUCAUGAUAUAUUUUUUUUAAUUAAUAACCAAAGUUUAUUGAUCUAUUGACAGGAAUACUACUAAAAACUAAUAUUACUAGUAUUAAAAUAACAAUUAAGCAAAUCGGGCUAUUUACAAUUCAGUAAAAAGGUUAGUACGUAAUUUAAACUAAAAAUAAAACUAGAAGUAAUCUUGUGCUUAUAUUCAUGUAAAAUUUACGAUAAGGCGAGUGAACCAUUUACUAAAACAAGAACAAGUUAUGUUACACGACAUUUUUUUUUAUCCCAAGGAGACCACUGCUGCAGGUAUAGCGCGGGCUCCACGUAUGAACAAAAUGGCGGCAUAACAAGUUAAUAUGACAAUAAUAAAGAGUCGGUGAGGCUGAAAGUUUUUCGGUGCCUUUGACGAUAGUCCCUCAUGGCUGAAGUGCCGUUUCUUCGUGAAAUUUACUAGUGAAGCAAUUUCCUUUGUUAAAAUGUUCUCAAAGUAUUCUGAGUAUUCAUCAAAUCGAGUGACUGGUGCAGAAGUCAUUGCACAUAGAGCUUUCUUUUUGAGCUUCAUCGUCACCUUAACAGCUCACGACUGUCACCGUAACCUGGAACCCAUGUGGCAGUCAGAUGUUGGAUCAUCUCCUGUCGUAUCAAGCGCUCUUGUGGCGGAUGUAAAUGGCGACAACGUUAAAGAUGUCCUAGCCACUUCCUUGAGUGGUCAGGUAUCAGUUGUUGAUGGACGGUCAGGUCUUAACUUAGCUGGCUGGCCAGUAACUUUGCCUGGAAAAAUUUUAUUCGCUGCACCACUACUGUUUGAUUAUGACAAUGAUGGGAUGAAUGAGUUGGUUUUGGUUACAGCAGAUGGUGUUGUGUCCUUUGUAAAGAAUGAUGGUUCCUUUCUAGAGGGAGAGACAUUUAAGGUUCCACCUCUGGUGAUGAAGAGAGAUUGGUUUGUGGUAGAUCCUGAACAGAUUACCAACAGUGACUAUAUCAGUUCUGUUUCAAAUCCUGCAAAGUCAGCUAGACUUGCUUCCAUAUCAGAAUUUAUCCUUGAUGAUCUAAAGGAUGAACAGCUGUAUUCCAACUCAAGCAGUGACUAUGGUCCAGGAGACAGUUUCUGGUCCAAGUAUCAUCCAGGCAUACGCCCAUCUGGUUUAUCAACAGAUGGCAUCAGUGUCUUUGUAGACCCACACAUUAUCUCCACUCCACUCAUCACAGACUUCAAUGCUGAUGGAACUGAAGAGGAACUUGUCAUAGUGGCCAACUUCUAUUUUGAAGAGAAAAGCCAGUUAGCUCUAUCAGGGCAAGGUUUGUCAUCAGAGGAUCUUCAAAAUUACUUGGGAAGUGCCAUCAUAGUGUUCAACCUUCACACAAAACAGCUUGUGUUCUCAUCAAUUUUGCAUGUGUCCAGGAAGUCUAGUCAGUACCCUGCUUAUGCUCUGUCCUCUGGUUCUGCUGUUCCAGUUGGUGGAAUUGUUGUAGGAACAUCCUCAGGAACUGUUUACUUUGUGAAAAGCUCCUUAAAUGAACCUUUGUUUUUGAGUACCAUGGACAGCCUACCUGGCCAAGUCAUUGUAUCAGAUGUGAAUCAAGAUGGCUCAUUGGAAAUUCUGGCAAUAGACAACAGUGGCAAUAUUGCUUGCAAGGACUUUAAGGGGAAAAUGGUGUGGGAGACCACUGUUUCCAGUUCAAGUGCCGCAGGGAUACGUGUUGCUGAUGUGGAUGGAGAUGGUUUUAUGGAAGCUGUUGUUGCCACGUUUGAUGGGUAUCUGUGGGUUCUAGAAGGAGACACUGGUAAGGUGUUAGACGGAUGGCCUGUCAAAUUACCAACUGAAGUGCGAGCCACAGUUCUGCUCACUAAACUAGUUCCUGGAGAAAGUACUGCCGCAGAUAUAAUAGUUCCCCUCAUUGAGGGACAGAUCGCAAUCAUCCGGGGUAGUGAUCGCUGCACAGACCUGAUCAGUGUUGGUAAGACUGUGCUGGGGAGUGCUGUUAGUGCUGACAUAGUUCCAGGGAGGCUGGGUUUGGAGAUGGUCCUAGGGGCUGAUGAUGGCACCCUGUUGUGUAUAGCCCAUACGCCAAAUACACCAACAGAUAGUCUUGCCCUUCCUGUAGGCAGGAACCAACUGUUUUCAUGGCCAGCGGAAACUUUGCCAUGCAGUGGAACAACUUUUUACUCUGGAAAGGUUGGGGUACGGUUUACAACUAAAUCUCUGGAAAAUACACAGAUUACCGGGAAAUAUUUUCCCGUCGAGUUUGAAAUCAGAGAUGAACAACCAAAGGACGUGAAAGGAAAAUUCUACAAUUUAAAGAUUUUUAUCGGCAGACAACUGAUAUUCAAGAAGAGUUACAAGUCUCCAGGAAUAUACACGGAACAAGUUGAGGUUCCGUCAAAACCUUGCAGGGCUGUUCUAGUAUUGAAACUCAUCACUGAACACGGACAGUGCUUUCAAAACUCUCUACAUUUAAGUUUUAAUGACCGCUUUAACGACGACAUGGCGUGGCUGCUUCUAGUGCCGUUUAUAACAACCGGAUGUCUGCUGUUGAUUCUUCAUGGUUGGACACAAGUGAGUGCAGAUGUAUUGCCAACGAGAAUGACGGGGAAAAAGAGCAGUAAAUACUGAAGAAACAAGCAAGGAAACAAAAACUACAGAUAUGCUCAGUGUCCAUAGUGAAACAGGAAAACCAGAGUAUGAACAGGCAGACAUGUAAUGGACAAAGAAACGUUCUCCAUACAAUCGAACAGAAAACUCUCCCACCGCGUGGGACACCGCGUGGCCUUAUGGCCCAGUUGAUGGUAGCGUCGCUCUGGCUUCCGGCAGGUACAUAUUCAAGUUCCAUCAAGUUUUGGUCGCCUUCUACAACUGCUUUAAAUGCAGUUUUACUGAGAGAGUCAAUCCGCCAAUUCUCAGUCAUUUAUCGUACUUAGUACCAACUGGAACGUUUGGAGAAAAGAGGAUGGCUGCUCGAAGAGACUAUUAGGAAUGGAAUCAAUUGAAAAUAACUGAUUCAGCACUGUGAUCUAUUAUUGCUUAGGGGAAAGAAGGAGUUGUAAACAACAGAAAAACAGCCAUGAUUUGCGCACUCUAAGUCCGAAAUGGUCAGUGCGAGGAAUAAUGACUGGAAUGAGGUGCACGUGAAUGGCAAUCAGACAGGUUUGGAAAACAACAAAGUUCAGAUAAAAUGUAUAUAUUGUCAGGAGAAAUGACGACGGGACAGAGGUUAAAGUCACCCGGCAGUGAAAACGGAAUACACAGAUGUUACAUUCACCUAAAAGCCACCUUAUGCCUUGUGAUGGAUAAGUUAUGCGCGAAAGAAUUUUUUGCAUCAGGCGUAGAGUGAGCUGAAAGAGGAAAUGGCCGGCGCCACUGAAAAGGGAGUAGGGUGGGGAAAUUUGUAAAUUUCUCAGUAUGUAUGAAAUUAAAAAAGUUUUACAACAUGA